AUGUUCCCGUCUGAGGAGCGAAUUGCAGAGUUCCUUAGUUUUGCGCCCGAAGCGGGGGAGGGCAAGGCCUUUGCCGCGACGACAGUAGAAGCGGCCGUCACUGCUUACUAUGACGACCCAGACCUUCACAACGCUCCCGGGGAGACGAGUGACCAGAAGAGCGGCAAGCACCUGACAGACGCUCGCCCAAACGGCAAUAGCAUGUUGCCGACAUACGAGGCCACAGAAAGGUCGACGAUUCAUAGUCAUACCAAUGCAGUAAUACAGGCAGCGCACGUCCGCGCCCAGGAUGAGCAAGAAAUGCAAAACAUGCUACAAACUGUCCAGAUCCGGUACAGACUGUACAAUUCCGACCUAGAACCAGAGCACGAGCUCGACGCAUAUUGCAACUGCCUGGUACACCAGUACAAGCGCAGGAAGUGGGAUCGCCUCGGAGUGCAGACCAUGUGGUCCAAAGCGGUCAUGUAUCCCGGUGAAAGGGCGUACGAUAACUGCUAUACGACCCAAGUCAGCUUGUUCAGCAGCAAUCCAUAUCGCUACAAUGUCAGCUCGCCGUAUUUUGGCAAUUACAUGUACGGCGGAACGUGGACACCGCCACAACCAGUGCCACAUCUUUACACGCAAUAUGUUCAAGAUACGAUAGGGCUUAACGCGGUGCUCAAUCGAAAAGCACAGUCGGAUAUUGAUGCCCAGGAGCCCUCGAUGAGCAUAUGGAAAGUGGAUGAUCUCGCCAAGGCAGCCAGCGCGCUGAGUUUAGAAAAGCACAACGUACGAACCGAAGUCCCGGGCGCCUCGCAGAGGAAGAAUGAGAAAACAAUGGACGCCAUGCAUAUGAGUAACGAGAAAGCUCCCGAUGCCUCGCAGACGAGCAAUGAGAAAGCUGUCGACGGCAAAGUGCACCUCGAACUACCGAAUGCUGGCUCAUCCAGUACCAACCGUCGCCAGUCUUGGUUCAAGAAGAUGGUUUCGCGCAAGACGCCCGAAGAGAAAGAAGCGCACCGGCUACAAAAGCUAAGUGCGCGUUGCGGCACUCUGCGCAAUGCGAUCUUGCAGGAAGAGCACGCACGAUGGCCAACGCAGGAUUGGCGGCGGCUGGUGGCAGACUACCAAGACAAGGUGGGCAUGACGCGCAAGAUUGCCGAACUUCGCGAGCGAUUUCCUAUCCAGUACUUUCACCUUCUCUGUGCGGGCUACUUUGAGCCCAUUCCCGUCGCGUGGGCCGACCAGGCCUCCAAUCCGCUCAAGUUCAAGAUUGAGGGCAUGGAAGGCUGGCGAGGCAUCACACCCACGUGGCGAGGCUACGAGGACACGGCCGAGGAGCGCCUGUAUUGGGUGCUCAAUCAUCGUGAGGGCAUGACCGGACAGCGGAUGAAGCCGGACAUGAUUUCGGCGCUCAACAUGGCGCGCCAGAGGAUGGCGUGUGCCGUCGAGCCGCCACCACAGUACUUUUCGCCGACGGACACAUGCCUGGUGCAGCAUACCUCAGACGGCUAUUCGAAGCAAGUCAGGGCGCCGCCGCUACGGGUGUUUGACGCACCGGAGACGGCGGCGGACGAUACCAUGAUUCUGCUCGACGUGUCUGGGUCCAUGGACUUUGAGCCUAUGAAGCCAAAUUACAAUCAGUAUCUCAUCACGGGAUACUCGAGGUCCACGCAGCCGAAGAAUAAAGAUGUUGCUAAGGCCAUCAUUCGCCGUUUCGUCGACGCCAUGAUCAACCACAGCCACAGCGCGCGCGGCUACCAGCUCACCACGUUUGCCAACCACGCGACGUACAUGGGCGUCGCCAACCACGUCAACUUUGAGUCGGUCUGGCGCAACGUGGCGUUUGGCGGCGGAACGCGCGUCAUGACGGGCUGGCAGCGGGUGAAGCGGCUGCACUUUGAAAAGCACCAGGCGUCGGCCACGCACCACCCCGUCUACGGGUGGCAGGCGGGCCCGCAGACGCCGAUGCUGCGACUGCUCCUGCUGCUCGACGGCGAGGCGACGGACAUGGAUGAGUUUGAGCUCGACCUGCUCGGCAACGCGUGGGCGCACGUCACCAUUUUCCUGAUUGGCGUCGACGGCUGCCCGCACCACCACCGGCACGCCAACGAGCUGCAGCGCAUCAGCGAGGUCAACCACCACGUCUCGUUUGUGGACGCGGUGGGCAACAUGCCGGAGCGGCUGGUGACGCAUGAGCUUCUCAAGAGGCAUCUAGGCUAUGACGUGUCCAUGGCCGAGUUUGUGGAGCUGGAACAGCCGCCUGCUUACACGGAAUCAUAG